CGUGGGGGUGUCCCUCCUCCGCAGUUUGCAGUUUGUUAUGUCUCAGACACCGUGAGCGCUGGAUAGAGGGAGAGCUAGAUAGCGAACGUCGGAUCCUUUACUUGCCUCUGAACAGCCAGUAUUUCCCUGCCUUUUCUCCCAGCCGUUUUCCUCCCAACCCGUUUACUUAUUCUUUAUUUUCCUUUGAAAAACGUUGUCAUUUAUUUUCCUAUGCUGAAUACCAGUUUCCUUUUCACCUAUUAGUCAGCAAUUAUUAGUUUUUUAAAAAUAUCUUUUUACCUUGUGUCAUCCUCCAUUUGGAUUUGUCCGACAGCCGAAGGAGCGUGGAUGAACAAAUUUGGUAAAAACUGGAGAUGGAAUUGCUCAUAAUAUGCCUUUCUUUUUGGAUAUUGCAAUGCAAUUCAGUGAGAGCGGACUCCAUCAUUCACAUCGGCGCCAUAUUUGAGGAAAACGCCGUAAGAGACGAUGAGGUUUUCCAGUUGGCCAUCUCGGACCUCAGUCUCAACGACGACAUUUUGCAGAGCGAGAAAAUUACCCAUUCCAUAAAACUUAUCGAGCCCAACAACCCCUUUCAGGCAGUACAGGAAGCCUGCGAGCUGAUGACCCAGGGCAUCCUGGCGCUGGUCACCUCCACGGGCUGCGCCUCGGCCAGCGCGCUGCAGUCGCUGACCGACGCCAUGCACAUCCCGCACCUCUACGUCCAGCGCAACAGCGAGGGCUCCCCGCGCACCGCCUGCCAGCUCAACCCCAGCCCCGACGGCGAGCGCUACACGCUGGCCGCCCGCCCGCCCGUCCGCCUCAACGACGUCAUGCUCAAGCUGGUGACCGAGCUGCGCUGGCAGAAGUUCAUCGUCUUCUACGACAGCGAGUACGAUAUCCGCGGCCUGCAGAGUUUCCUGGACCAGACGUCUCGUCAGGGUCUGGACGUGUCCUUGCAGAGGGUGGACCGUAACAUCAGCCAGGUCUUCUCCAGCCUGUUCUCCACCAUGCGUACGGAGGAGCUGAACCGAUACAGGGACACGCUGCGGAGGGCCAUACUGCUGCUCAGUCCCCGAGGAGCCCAGGUCUUCAUCCAUCAGGCUGUUGAAACCAACCUGGCCUCUAAGGACAGCCAUUGGGUGUUCGUAAAUGAGGAGAUCAGCGAUACGGAGAUCCUCGAGCUGGUGCACAGCGCUUUGGGACGGAUGACAAUCAUACGGCAGAUCUUCCCCCUGUGGAAGGACAGCAACGUGCGCUGCAUGAGGAACAACCACCGCAUCUCCUCCCUGCUUUGUGACCCACAAGAAGGGUACCUGCAAUCCCUGGAGGUGUCCAACUUAUACCUGUAUGACAGCGUUCUGAUGCUCGCCAACGCCUUCUACAGGAAGUUAGAAGACAGGAAGUGGCACAGCAUGGCCAGUCUCAAUUGCAUAAGAAAGUCCACCAAGCCCUGGAAUGGAGGCUGGUCUAUGCUAGAGACCAUCCAGAAGGGCCGCAUCACCGGGCUCACGGGCACAAUGGACUUCCGGGAAAACGGCUCCAAUUCGCACGUGCAGUUCGAGAUCCUGGGAACCAGCUACAGCGAGACCUUCGGAAAAGACGUCAAGAGGCUGGCAACAUGGGACUCAACUGUGGGUCUUAAUGGAAGCCUGAAGGAGAGUCGCAUUGAGAAUGGGAUGCAAGGAGUGACGGUCAAAGUGGUGACACUAUUGGAGGAUCCUUUCGUCAUGGUUGCGGAAAACAUUUUGGGACAACCCAAACGGUACAAAGGUUUCUCCAUCGAUGUCCUCGAUGCACUGGCCAAGAUCCUGGGCUUCAAGUACGAGAUCUACCAGGUGUCAGACAGCAAGUACGGCACUCAACUGCCCAAUGGCUCCUGGAAUGGCAUGAUUGGGGAGCUCAUUAACAAGAGGGCAGACCUGGCCGUGUCUGCAAUCACCAUCACGCCUGAGCGGGAGAACGUGGUGGACUUCAGCAAGCGCUACAUGGACUACUCCGUGGGCAUCCUGCUGAGAAAGCCGGAGGAGAAGAUAAACAUCUUCUCGCUGUUCGCACCGUUCGACCUGGCGGUGUGGGCGUGCAUCGCGGCCGCCAUCCCCGUGGUCGGCGUCCUCAUCUUCGUCCUCAACCGGAUGCAGUCGGUGCGCACUCAGAACCCGCCGACCCCCCACCAGCAGCCCCCGCCCUCUGUCUCAAACUCCCUGCACAGCGCGAUCUGGAUAGUCUACGGAGCCUUUGUGCAGCAAGGAGGGGACUCCGUCGUGAGCUCCGUGGCCCUGAGGAUCGUGAUGGGCAGCUGGUGGCUCUUCACCCUGAUAGUCUGCUCCUCCUACACGGCCAACCUGGCAGCCUACCUCACCGUAUCUCGCAUGGACAACACCAUACGGACCUUCCAGGACUUGUCCAAACAGAUGGACCUGGCCUAUGGAACGGUGAGGGAUUCUGCUGUGUAUGACUACUUUAAGGCCAAGGGCACCAACCCCCUGGAGCAGGACAGCACAUUCGCUGAGCUCUGGAGAACCAUCAGCAAGAACAACGGUCAUGACUACUCUGUAUCCAGUCCUUCGGAGGGCAUCCGUAAGGCGAAGAAGGGGCCCUACGCCUUCCUGUGGGACAUGGCCGUGGUGGAGUACGCGGCGCUGACGGACGACGACUGCUCCAUCACCGUGACGGGCAACAGCGUGAGCAGCAAGGGCUACGGGAUCGCAAUGCAGCAUGGGAGCCCGUACCGGGACCUCUUCUCGCAGAAGAUCCUGGAGCUGCAGGAGAAAGGCGACCUGGACAUCCUGAAGCAGAAGUGGUGGCCGCGCACGGGCCGCUGCGACCUGAACAGCCACGCCAGCGCGCAGCCGGACGGGCGGGCGCUGAAGCUGCACAGCUUCGCCGGCGUCUUCUGCAUUCUGGCCGCCGGGCUGCUGCUGGCCUGCCUGGUGGCCGGCCUGGAGAUGUGGUGGAAGGGCAACCGCUGCCGGCAAGAGCAGCCCAAAGAGGUUACUAAGGAUUACAGACUGGCAAGGGUAUCUGGUCCAUUGACAUAUAAUGAUAUUACAACUGCUUCAUCGGAAGGGAGGAAGGACAUUUGGACAGAGAGAGAGAGAAACUGGGAUGAAGCAGAAGCUAUUGAUACAGGACAAGGAGGUGAAUCUGGAACAGGUACACCGGCGUAUGAACAGUCUUAUGGACGAGGACAUGGCGCACAAGCAGAUCCCCGCCCCGUCUAUCGAGAUCUCUGCGCUGGACAUCGGCAGCAUGCAGCCCAGCCAGCAGCUGGAGUCUGUGCGGGACUACCCGGGCACGGGGCUGUCUGUGAGCACCUUCCUCCCGGAGCAGGGUCAUGGGGUGGGCAGGACGCUAGCACAGGGCCCUGGCAGCACCCUCCCCCUCCCCCUCAGCAGCUCCACCAUCCCCUCCAUUCAGUGCAAGCACAGAUCCCCCAACGGGGGUCUCUUUCGUCAGAGUCCCGUCAAGACACCCAUGCCAAUGUCAUACCAGUCAGUUCCCGGAGGACCCAUCCCAGAAGCCAUUGAGUCUACCCACAGUACUUCCAUCUGAUCCCAUCCAAUCACAGCUCCUCCAGCCUGGUUUGGUGAAAAAAAAAAGAAAAAUAAACAUAAAAAAAGAAAAUGGAAAAAAAGGAAUAAAAAGCAGAGAUUUUUAUUACCAGUUCACAAAAAAAGCAAAACAAAAAUAUAAAGAAAAUCAUUCAUUUUUCUUGUAUAUAUUUGUAAAUACUGAAAGAAUGGAGUGAGGUAAAAGUGUAUUUUGAAUAUUCUCAAUUUUUGAAGUUGAGUUAAAAAAAACAAAAAAGAUAAAAAAUUACAAAAAAUGACUGUUUGAAUGGCUUUGUAAAUUUUGUUCUAUAUAAAUAAAGCAAAUUCCUUGUGAUUGUUUUCUAAGUGCCCAGUUGAAAGAUGUCUCUCUACCAAUUAUUAUUAGAUCAAUUGUACUCUAUAGCUACUUAAAGCAGAACACCGAUGGUCAUGCACUUCUAUGAUAUUCAUAAAUCUAUUCUUCAGUAUCGGAGGAAAACAUUUCCAAAGUACAUGGUUUUGCUUGUAAAAUGUUUUCUGCUUUUUUUUUUGUUGUUUUUUUGUAAAAUAUUUUAUGUUUUGAAGAUCAGUUUUCCUCAUUUACAUUUCCACAGAGCAAAGUAAUGUUGGGAAUAUGACAGCAGGUUUCACUUGUGAUUUGAUUCCCAUGGGCUGCCAUUUUUGCCAUUUACAUAUCUAAUUAAAGUCCCUACGUUGUUAAAGGAGUAUGGUGAUGUAGGCAGUAACCCAGUAGAACACAAGCAACCUCCAAAAAAAUUAAAAUUUUACAAAAUGAGUAUAAAACAUGAUCAGUUCUAACCUCGAACCUAAGUGUCAAACUGGCUGUGAUGUUCAGAUUUCACAACUAAAAGAUUAGUCAACUAAAUUUGUGGCAUACUAACGGCAUUAACGGCAUACUAUGCAGCAUUUUUAGCCUUGCUGUGGUCCUGUGUUUACAAUAAAAUAAGUUUCCUCCUCUGUCUUAAGCCCUGCCCACUCACCUCCAAGUACCCGACUAUGACCUAAUGUAGCAAGCUGGAUAGCUACAGGCUAUGUUACUUACAGGCCCAACAGAAAACAUGCCAACUCCGCGUCACGUUUCAUCCCCAUUGUGAAUUUCAGCUGUCACUGGUGAGGAAAAGCUAUUCCAAGUUUGACUCGGGUUUUUGAAAGAAAGAGCCCUGUCGGCUUGUCGUUUCGCUUCGCUGUACCUGAUCCCACCCCACAGGCUCAGUAGCCACACCCUCCCCUUCCCACACAGAAAACAGUAUCAUACCCAGAACGGUCCCAAACACAUUGUAGAAAAAGAAAUACAGGCAGAGGAGCAUGGAUUUGACAGAUGUGUGCAAAGACAUUUCCAUAGAUAUGUCUGAACAUCAUAGAUAUAUCUGAACAUGGCUAUUUUAUGUUAUUUUCAAGGUAAAAAUCCUGCAUAGAAUGCCUUUAAGUUACAAAGUGGUGUCUAAGACACUGUACAUGAGGUUGCUUAUUGGAGGAAGGCUAAUUAUAGUCUAACUGCAGCCUAGCCUAAUUUCUGAGUGAACACCAUUCAAACAAACUCACUCCUUAUCUAUAUCAUCCACAGGAAAAGAAAAACAAAAAACAGCCUGCUUCAUUGACAUUUUGCGGCUGAUCCACAAAAAAAUAUUUCAGAAAAGUCAAAAGAUGGAAGGUUUGCAGACAUGGUAUGUUUGUAAAAGUUUGCCAAAUAACAUUAAGACUAAAUGGCAGCAUUUUCUAUGUUUAUUGUAACAUUCAUACAACAGAACUAGUUUAAAUUAAACCCCUAACUACCUGAGAAUAUUCAUGGUUGAGACCUGCUUUAUUCCUAGAAUUGAAUCACAUUUUAAAGGAAAUGUUAGAAAUUCCACAAAUAUUUUAUUAAAAAUUGAAAAGUAUAUAAUGGCUUAUAGUAAAAUAUUCCUUUCAUACUAAAGUAUUUGUGAAAGUUGUAUACUGGUUUUCCCCGUUAUGGACAGUCAAGUAUUAUAUAGCACUAAAGGCAAAGUAGUCUAUCAUUUGAUCUUUUUUUUAAUCAGUCAUUGAAUAACUAUAAGUAAACCCAAUAAAGAGAGACUGAACUAAUGUAAUGAGAGUCAUAUUCAAAAUAAGUAAAUGGUAUAUCUUCUGAACACAGUAAUAAUGUCUUACUUGAUUGUCAUUUGUUCAAUCACAUACACUGAUGGGUGUACGCGAAACAGGCUUUUAUUUAUCCAAUUUGUUUUGCAAUUUUCUGUGGAUUAAAGGCUACACAGGCAAUAUCUGAUAAAAAUAUGAAGUAAACAUGGUAUGGUAUAUACAAUCUUUAACCAAUAGUUUCAUAAGUGCAAUUAAAAUGCAAUCAUAUGUUGUCCUAUGGAUACAUUCUAGUGAAUAUUGGACCAGUAAGGGUUUUUAUUUUAUUUUCCUUUUUAAAAAAUAUUUCAGAUAUUUGACAUAUGAAUAGAAUAUGGAAAUUUGAAAUUUUGAACCAUUCUUUUCCAGCAAAGAACUGGUUCUUAGGCAGGGUUUUGAUAUGAUCAAUUUGACUAUGACAUUCCUUAAAAGGCUUCACACGAUUUACUGUAACAUGGUACAGUAUAUACAUGUAGCAUAAAAUUCACUGCUUAAAUUUACAGCAUAGUUUAUCUUAUUUUCCUAUGAAGAAACUGACCGACAUUGAAUACAUAAUAAAACUGAACAAUGUUCCAUGAUGGUACGACAGUAAUGUAAGGGUAAAUGCGAUUAGUACUGACUUGAUAAUAACAUGAAGUACUUCAAACGAGAUCAAAAUAGUCCAUGCCUCUCCAUUCAUACUAUUCAGAUUGAUCUGAAGCACUACAGCCGCUACAUUUUGUACAAGCAGUUAUUGAUGUGAGCCAAAGUGAUUCAAUUUACACUGUGCAUUUCUGAAGGCUAGGGCCUUGACAAGCGUGGACUGUGGUGUGAAGGAGGCAGUAAGGUAACUGUAGGGUUAAGUGUGUCUACCCCGCCUUACUCUGUGUCUCCUUGAGUUCAAAUAGGCUACUACUCAAAAUAUUUCAAUGUCAUCAUGUCAGUCUGGAAUAUUACAUCUGAAGGAGACUCAUAUUUUAUUUAUGGAUAUGCUGCUUGGAGUUUCUUAAACUUUAAUAAAGAAAUAUGGAUAACA